GCUCCGUUCUUCCCGAUAUUUUAAAAUCAAAAAUUAAUUUAAAACUGUGUUCAUAGUAAGCAGCUCACUUCUCGCAACAAUGUCCGAAACCGGACCGGCAAUCAAUCUGAACCGUGAGAUUGCGAAUCCAAACAAUCCGCUGGUGUAUUUCGACGUGAAAAUCGGCGACGAAAAAGUUGGUCGCUUGUUGAUCGAGCUGCGGGCCGAUGUGGUACCGAGGACGGCGGAGAACUUCCGGGCGCUAUGCACCGGCGAGCGGGGCGUGUCGCCGCUAACCGGCGUCAAGCUGCACUACAAGGACACCCGGUUCCACCGGGUCAAGUCGCUGUUUAUGAGCCAGGGUGGGGACAUUUCCGGCGGUGGUGGGAGUGGCGGCGAAAGCAUCUACGGGAAGACGUUUGAGGACGAGAACUUUACGCUGUUGCACGAGGACGGUGCCGUUAGCAUGGCCAAUCACGGCAAAGAGCACACAAACAACUCGCAGUUCUUUAUAACUUCCGGCGAGUGUCCCCACCUCAAUGGAACCAACGUGGUCGUAGGGUACGUAAUUCGGGGAAUCGGCAUCAUUGGGGAGAUGGAGAAGUACACCACCGAGGAGGGGGAACCGACGAAGGAAAUCACGAUCUACGACUGUGGCCAGAUUCCGGCAGGCGGCGAUUGGGGCAUCAACGAUGCCGACGGAACCGUGGACACGCUGCCACCGUUCCCCAAAGAUUGGACCAAGUUCGAGAAUGAUUUCACGGCAAGUUGGCAAUUUAUCAUGUUGAAAAGGGAAUCCCGUUCUCAAAUCUCUCUCACCCGCUUCCAGAUUUCCGAAAUGCUCGACCAGCUCGCUGCCAUCAAAGAAGCCGGAAACCACUUCUACAAGCACAAACAGUGGGUGGACGCCUGUCGGCGGUACAAAAAAGCCGAACGCUACUACAACUUCUUCAACAACAAAAUCCGCCAAAUAGAAGACCGCACCCGGCUGGAACAGUUCCAGCUGGCCAACUCGCUCAACCUGGCCGCGGCUCUGCUCAAGGAAGCCGACCACGAAAACGUCGUCUUUGCCUGCAACACCGCACUCGUCAUCGAUCCGACCAACGCCAAGGCGUUGUUCCGGCGGGGCCAGGCGCACAACGCGUUGAAAAACUACGAACUCGCCAUUGCGGAUUUGAGGCAGGCGCUGGAGCAGGCUCCGUCGGAUAAGCUGGUGAUGGGCGAGCUGGCGCGGGCCCGGGCCAGUUUGGGCGAUUAUCGGGCCCAGCAGCGGAGUGCACUGUCCAAGUGGUUGCAGUGAGAAACUAUUACAUAAACCAUUUUAUAUGUGAUUCAAAAAUAUAUGAUCGUUGUACUGAAAUGA